UAGGUUAGCAUAAAGAGAGGAAGGCACGUCUUGUGUGUGCGUCUCUAGUCGCCACCCAGAAACCCCUCUUCUUCCUCCUCAACCUCUCUCUUUCAAACUCGAAUUGAUCGGAAAAUGAGCAACGAGAAGGACAGUUUCAACGUCGGUGAUCUCACCGCUGCUCUUAAAGAUGAGGACAGAGCAGGGCUUGUCAACGCUCUUAAGAACAAGCUGCAGAAUCUGGCUGGUCAGCAUUCCGAUGUGCUCGAGAAUCUGACUCCUAAGAUCAGAAGACGUGUUGAGGUCUUGAGAGAGAUUCAGGGAAAACAUGAUGAAAUAGAGGCCAAGUUUCGCGAGGAGAGAGCUGCACUUGAAGCCAAGUAUCAAAAGUUAUAUCAGCCUUUGUAUACCAAGCGUUAUGAGAUUGUGAAUGGAGCUAUCGAAGUUGAAGGAGCUCAAGAGGAUGUUAAGAUGGACCAAGGAGACGACAAAUCUGCACAAGAGAAAGGAGUCCCUAGUUUCUGGCUGACCGCAUUGAAAAACAAUGAUGUUAUAUCUGAGGAGAUAACCGAGCGUGAUGAAGGAGCCCUCGUGUAUCUUAAAGAUAUUAAGUGGUGCAAGAUUGAGGAACCAAAGGGAUUCAAACUUGAGUUUUUCUUCGACCAGAACCCUUACUUCAAAAACACCCUAUUAACUAAGGCCUAUCACAUGAUUGAUGAAGAUGAGCCUCUGCUUGAGAAGGCUAUUGGGACAGAGAUUGAUUGGUAUCCUGGAAAAUGCUUGACUCAGAAGAUUCUUAAGAAGAAGCCUAAGAAAGGUGCCAAGAAUGCCAAGCCAAUCACCAAAACUGAAGAUUGUGAAAGUUUCUUCAACUUCUUCAGUCCUCCCCAAGUUCCUGAUGAUGAUGAAGACAUCGACGAGGACAGAGCUGAAGAACUUCAGAAUCUGAUGGAACAAGAUUAUGACAUUGGUUCUACAAUCCGGGAGAAGAUUAUACCACAUGCUGUCUCAUGGUUUACUGGUGAGGCUAUUGAAGGAGAGGAGUUUGACAUAGACAAUGACGAUGAAGAUGAUGAUAUUGAUGAGGACGAAGAUGAGGAUGAAGAAGAUGAUGAGGAUGAGGAAGAAGACGACGAUGAGGAUGAGGAGGAAGAAGAAGAAGAAGUAAGCAAGACCAAAAAGAAGCCGUCUAUCCUACACAAGAAAGGAGGCAGGCCACAGCUUAACGAUGGACAACAAGGGGAGAGGCCUCCUGAGUGCAAGCAACAGUAAAACAAAAUUCAAAAGUCGGCCAAAGGAAAUGUUGAGUGAAACUACAUGUAAGGCAAAAUGUUUGAGGUCUCUGCGCAUUUAAGUUUCGACGUAGGCCGAAUUGCCUUCUCACGAGAUAUCUGAUAAAAUUAUUUUUGGUGUUUCUGCUUUUUGUUUAUUUGGAUCACUGAGUGACUUAAAGUCUUGGUUUUAUUACUUGUUUAAAAAUUAAAAAUAUUGUUUUGUACUUUUUUUUGGUGGGAAUGUUUUGUUAAGAAACUA